GGUUCUUCAGUGGAUAACUCGCCUCCCAGAAACCCAAACUCUGGCCCCGUGAUGCUCGCCCACACGCGCCUCCCGCCUCCGCCUCCGCCUCCGCAUCCCGCCCAAAUCCUGCCCGCCCGCCUCGCCGGAGGCGGCGGUGUGGAGUUCCGCCGCAAGCUCCACUUCCUCUCGGCCGAGCUCCAUCUCGACCCGUUCCCGCUCCUCGCCCUUCAUCCUGAGCUCCGCUCCGCGCCGCUCGCGCUUCUCCAUGCCUCCCUCCGCCUCCUCCUCUCACACGGACUCUCCGCCGGCGACGCCUCCCGCGUCUUCUCGGCAUUCCCGUCGCUCCUCACCUCUCCUCCUGAGGAGUCCCUCCGCUUCCUCUCCGCCGCCGCGCCGCUGCCCCCUCCUCUCCUCCGCGUCGCGGUGGUCCGUUCCCCUCGCCUCCUCGCAGCGUCCAUCCCGGAUACCCUCCGCCCCGCGCUUUACUUCCUUCGCCACCGCGUUUCCCUGCGACGGAGACCCCUUCCGCUCGCUGCUGCCCUGCUCCUCGCUUUCUCCGUCGACCGCACACUCCUCCCCAAGCUCCUCUUCCUUGGCAAAGCCACGGGGCUCCCAGACCCCGCCAUCUGCACCAUUAUUCACCGCGCCCCCGCCAUUCUCUCCUAUGGUAUCGAGACCAACCUCACGCCCAAGCUCAAGUUCCUCGCUGACGGCAUGGGCAUGGAACCAGCCGCGGAGCUCACCGAGUUCCCACACUACUUCGCGUUCAGCUUGGAGGGGAGGAUCAAGCCGAGGCACCAAGCAUUGAGGCUGAGGGGCGUUGAUAUGUCACUAAAGGAAAUGCUCACGAGCAGCGAUGAUGAGUUCAAGGAGCGGAUCUUAGAUGCAACGCUGUCGAGCAAUAUGCAGAGGAUGUGAACCUGCACUCAGAAGGAGGCUCAACAUAAAUUGAGCUGUUGUGUUACUUUGGAGGAUAGCUCGCAAUGGAUUCAGUAAUCCUUGGAGGAAGGAUGGGUCCGAAGCAUGAGCUCUUUAAGAGGUGGCCAGUUUUGGUUCUAUGGUGGAGCUGUGGGACCUAUGUUUAGGUGAGUGGUGAUCAACCCGAAGAGUUUAGUGAUAGCUGUCUGUCUUUAUGUACUACUCCCUCAAUUCGGAAUUACUUGUUGCGUAAAUGGAUGUAUCUAGACGUAUUUUAGUUCUAGAUAUAUCCAUUUCCGAGACAAGUAACUCCGAAUGGAGGGAGUACCACUAAUCCAAAAUGUAAGUCUUCUACUCCCUCCAUCCCACAUUAUGGGAUGGAGGGAGUAGAAUUUUACUAGUCAAACAUUUCUAAGUUUGACCAUCUAUAAAGGUAGAACUACCAGCAUCUGUAACAUCAGCUGAUAUUUCUAGAUUUAUCAUGACAUGUACCCCCCCUGUCUGGAAAUACUUGUCCGAGAAAUGAAUAAAAAUGGAUAUAUUUAGAACUAAAA